CGUCGCGCAUUGCUCUAUGGCCUUAUGAGGCUCGCACAUGCAACCAGCCUUUUCCCCCAGCGACUCCGUCUUCAGGAAGUAGAGCUAGGGGCAAAGAUCGGCCAAGGUGGUUUUGGUGACGUUUUUGCGGGACAAAUUGGCUCAGCUCAAGUUGCCGUCAAAACUAUUGUAGUCUGGAGUCACUUGCGCCAUCCGAAUAUCCUCCCGUUCUAUGGAACAUUUCAGAAGAACGACUCUGAAAUCAGCUUCAUUGCGCCCUUGUUUGUUAAUGGAAAUAUUUGCGAGUACAUGAAGCACAAUCCUGAUGUUGCUUCGACGCCUUUAAUAUUAGACGUUGCUAGAGGGUUAAACUUCCUGCAUACCUUCAAACCGACCAUUGUCCACGGAGACAUCAAAGGCGUAAGUUUUCGCCGCUAUAGCUGCCUUUGCAGUCGUUUAAAGUAA